AUGUCUUCUUCCUGUUCGCUUCUGUCUGUCAUGGGUGGUUGGCUGGUUCUGGUCCUACUGGUCAUAGACUUGGGCUGUACAUCUCAUCGCUACGGGGCUGCGGUGGCGCUCACUGUGAAGCAACUUCCCCAUCUCCAGACAUUUGAUAGCUGGGACACGUGCGUCUACGAUGGGGGCUGCUAUGAGCAGGACUGUUCGAGCGCAAUGAUGGGUGGGUGGGUUACUCCUGCCCUUGCCGACAUCUUGUUUGUCGAUCAGACCUUUGGGUGGUGGGGCAAAUACCUGUACGCCGAGGCUUCAGGCUGCGGUGACCGGCCACUCAUGGCAACAAGUCCGUUCAUCGUCUUUACUGCCAGCGACGCCACGUUGACUUUCUGGUAUUACUACUACGGAUCGGACAUCAAAACGUCCACUCAGUUCCAGGUCACCAUGAGCGCAACCACUGACGAUGGCACCACCCAGAACGAGACGAUCUGGACAAAUUCAGGCGAAUCGGCGGCGGAGUGGAAGUCGGCUACGAUCUCGUUGUCGAGCUUCUUUCCCUCUGAGGCCACUGCGGCCAAUCCGGUCACCACCGUCUUCUCGUUCGAAGUAACGCCCAGCAACGACCGCAACAACUUCCGUGCGGACAUCGCCAUCGAUGAUGUCUUGUUCACUCAGAGCGGUGUCCCUACGGUCAGCCCUACGCCCUACGUCGACCCCAGCCCCUCGCCUUCCCCGUCUCCUGCCACUGGCCGUGCCGCUCCUGUGUCCACCGGCAGCGGAGGACUGAGCGAUGGCGAGAUCGGAGGCAUCGUUGGCGGUGUUGUUGGCGGGCUCAUCUUGCUCACCCUUCUGUUGGGCGUGUUGCUGGUGGUCAUCCUCCUCAUCAUCAGCCCCAAGGCCCCGGCCGCACCCGCCCCCGCGCCCAACACCGUUCUCUAA